AUCCUCGCUGCUGUGGUUGUGAAAGGUAGCAGAGUAGACAGACGUCAUUGCGUGCGCGUUUUUGUACCGAGGUUCCUCGCUGGAGAUUGCUUGUCGCAAGCUACAUAUCACGACACAACACACACAUACACAUACACGACCGAGAUGGAUAGGUUACAUGCGCUUGAGGCCGCGCUGGAGAAGAUUGUCCUAGAUCCCAAAUACCACGACAUCCUCACACUGGUAAAAGGUGUGAGAAAUGGCAUCGUGUAUGGGUGUAAAGUGCGGUUUCCGCAUGCGCUUGUAAUGAUCGUCCUCUUCAGAUCUGGGACCCUCCGCUCAAAAGCCCACCUAGUCUACAAAGCCACCCGCCAACACGCCCGCAACCUCGGCCUCUUCGCCCUCGUCUACAAAUCCUGCAUGAUCUUCCUGCGCCACACAUCUCCAACCGGAAAAGAACGCCACUACGAUUCCUUCCUCGCGGGCCUCCUCGGCGGCUACACCGUCUUCGGCCGCACAAUUCACAACUCCGUGUCGCAGCAAAUCGUCAUCUAUGUCGCUGCGCGCGUGUGCCUCGCUCUCGCUAAACUAGCCGUUCAGCCACGGGAAGUUGGUGCUGGACACGGUGGUGCCGGGCACCAUCAUGCAGUUAAAGGCUGGGAACUGUUUGGCAACGGCGAGAUGAGGCGGACGUUGGUGAGGAAUGGGUGGCCAGCUUUUGCGAGUUUGAGUUGGGCCAUGGUUAUGUAUAUUUUUAGGUGGCAUCCCGAGGCUGUGCAGAGUAGUUUGAGGAGUAGUAUGAGUUAUAUUUAUGUUCAAUCGGAUGAUUGGGAUUCGCUGCGGACGCUGCUGUGGCAUAACAAGUGAGCAAGAGGGGGAGGGGGCUGGACUUGCAUGGAGGGAUGCAAUGGUGGAUUUGUAUGUGAGGAGCAAAUUAUAAGGGUUCUGUCGCGGCAUGUAGGGAGGAUAGACAGCUAGCUAUUGUCUGGCAUGAUAGAAAGAGAUACCACCAACAAGAAAGGCAAUAAAAAGGAGAGAAUUUGUCCAAA